CCUUCGUUUCUGUGCAAGGACAUGAACGAUGAACAAAGGCGGUGGUUCCGGUGGAGGAAGCGGACCGACGGCCGCCGCAGCCGCUGCUGCCUUACAGAAACAAAAGGCGUUGAUGCAGAGGGUAGAGACUGACAUCACAUCUGUCGUCGAUAACUUCACUCAAAUCGUCAAUGUCGCAAGGGUGAGUGAUCCACCAAUGAAGAACUCUCAGGAAGCAUACAUGAUGGAGAUGCGAGCUUCAAGAUUGGUUCAAGCAGCUGAUUCUCUUUUGAAACUUGUAUCCGAACUGAAGCAAACCGCGAUUUUUUCAGGAUUUGCAUCACUAAACGAUCAUGUAGAACAAAGAAUUGCAGAGUUUGAUCAAGAGGCCGAGAAGACGAAUCGAUUGUUGGCUAGAAUUGCUGAUGAUGCAUCUGCUAGUCUUAAAGAGCUUGAGACACUAUUGAUCAAGCCGGCGAUGUUAUUGAAACCCGGAAACAAGCUUGUCUCGCCGGAGACGAGUCAUCAUUGUGACUCUGCCUCAAACUCAUCAAACCAUAAAUAUCAACAACAAAAACCGCGUAAAGAUAAGCAGAAGCAAAUUGAGCAAAACACAAAGAAGAUUGAAGAACAUCUAAUAAAAACAGAGCCGACUCUGUUAAUCAGCAAUCACAACAUUAACAUGAGCUCGCAAAGCAACAACAGCGAAAGCACAUCUUCUAAUAAUUCCUCUAAGCCUCACACAGGAGGAGAUAUUAGGUGGGAUGCAGUGAAUUCUUUGAAAUCUAGAGGAAUCAAGCUUGGAAUAAGCGAUUUUCGUGUUUUGAAACGGCUAGGGUACGGAGAUAUCGGAAGUGUUUAUCUUGUUGAACUCAAAGGGGCAAAUCCAACUACAUAUUUUGCGAUGAAAGUAAUGGAUAAGGCUUCUCUUGUGAGCAGGAACAAGCUGUUGAGAGCUCAGACGGAGAGAGAGAUCUUGUCUCAGCUUGAUCAUCCUUUCUUGCCUACUCUUUACUCUCACUUCGAAACUGAUAAAUUCUAUUGCUUGGUCAUGGAGUUUUGUAGCGGUGGCAAUCUCUAUUCCUUGAGACAGAAGCAACCUAACAAGUGUUUCACAGAAGACGCUGCAAGGUUCUUUGCAUCAGAAGUGUUAUUAGCGUUGGAGUAUUUACACAUGCUCGGAAUCGUAUACCGAGAUUUAAAGCCAGAGAACGUACUGGUUCGAGACGACGGUCACAUUAUGCUCUCCGAUUUCGAUUUAUCCCUCCGAUGUUCAGUCAAUCCAACUCUUGUCAAAUCUUUCAACGGCGGCGGAACCACCGGAAUCAUUGACGACAAUGCGGCGGUCCAAGGAUGUUACCAACCAUCCACAUUCUUCCCACGAAUGCUCCAAUCAUCGAAGAAAAACCGUAAAUCCAAAUCCGAUUUCGAUGGAUCAUUACCAGAACUCAUGGCAGAGCCGACAAACGUGAAAUCAAUGUCGUUUGUUGGAACACACGAGUAUUUAGCGCCGGAGAUUAUCAAAAACGAAGGUCACGGAAGCGCCGUCGAUUGGUGGACGUUUGGGAUUUUCAUCUACGAGCUUCUUCAUGGAGCAACGCCAUUUAAAGGACAAGGAAACAAAGCGACGCUUUAUAAUGUAAUCGGACAACCUCUGAGAUUCCCGGAAUAUUCUCAGGUUAGCUCGACGGCGAAGGAUUUGAUCAAAGGUUUGUUGGUAAAAGAGCCGCAAAACAGAAUUGCGUAUAAGCGAGGCGCGACAGAGAUCAAGCAACAUCCAUUUUUUGAAGGUGUGAAUUGGGCGUUGAUUCGUGGAGAAACGCCGCCGCAUUUGCCGGGGCCGGUAGAUUUCUCGUGUUAUGUGAAGAAGGAGAAGGAGUCUUUGCCGGCGGCAGCAACCGAAAAGAAGAGCAAAAUGUGUGAUGAAACUAAGAGCGUGCAACGAAACCCUUGUCCCAGAAUUCGACGUUCUCGUGUAGCUGCUUUUAGCUCGUCUCCUUCGCAUUCACGAGAUUUUCCAAUUCGAGGACUAGAGGAUGUUUUUGUUGGUUAUCUAUUUGGGAGGAAGAAGGCAACAGAAGUAGCUCAUGUUGUGUGGGAGCAGGUAAUCCAAAAGGGGGAUAUGGUCAUUGAUGCUACAUGUGGAAACGGGAACGAUACUUUAGCAAUGUUGAAGAUGGUUAUGAAUGAUUCUGUUGGUUGUGGUGGCUAUGUCUAUGCUAUGGACAUUCAAAAAGAUGCCAUUGAGAGCACUUCAUCUUUGCUGGAUCAAGCCGUUGGUUCAAAAGAGAAGGAAUGCGUCAAACUUUUUAACAUCUGUCAUAGUAGAAUGGAAGAGAUUGUCCCUGAAAACUCCCGUGUGAGGAUGGUUGCAUUCAAUCUGGGGUAUCUUCCAGGGGGCAACAAGUCGAUAAUCACUGUCUCGGAUACAACAUUAUCGGCAUUGAAGGCUGCUGAGAGAAUCUUAAUGCCUGGUGGCCUCAUCAGCUUGGUGGUUUACAUUGGCCAUCCUGGUGGAAGAGAAGAGUUAGAAGUGGUUGAAGCUUUUGGGUCGAGUUUACCUGUAAGUGAUUGGGUCUGCUGCAAAUUCCAAAUGUUGAACCGACCGUUAGCUCCAGUUCUUGUUUUCAUGUUCAAGAGAGAAAACUGAAAAGUGAUUUACUCUGAUCCACAGAAGCUUUGUUGUAUGCAUCUGCCUUACCAUUCACUUGUUGUACAUGAUAUACACAGUAUGCUCUUUUUGCUUAAUCUGAGAGAUUAUUUUGUAACUAUAUCAUUGAUAAAAUAACAAAAUCUGU